AUGAGCAAGGAACAAAACUGUGUUCUAAAAGCUUGGGAGGUGACAAUGAAAAAGACCCAACAAGCCAAGAAACGAGCAAACACCAUGUUUGGGACAGUAUCGGUAGCUCCACAAACAGAUGAUGAAACUACAACGACCGAUGAUAAUGAUGAUGAGAGCAGCAUAGGUGAAAUGUACCAGGCAGAGAAAGUACUACCUAAUGGAGACUACUACACAGGUCAAUGGUAUGAUAGUUUUCCCCACGGCCACGGUAAGUAUAUAUGGACUGAUGGUUGCACAUACAUUGGUGAAUGGUACAAUGGCAAGACUAUGGGGAAAGGGAAGUUUGGUUGGCCUUCUGGUGCUACCUAUGAAGGAGAGUUCAAAAGUGGGUACAUGGAUGGGACUGGGACUUAUACAGGUCCUAGUGGAGAUACUUAUAGAGGUCAGUGGGUGAUGAACUUGAAACAUGGACAUGGGAUCAAGAGUUUUGCAAACGGAGAUGUGUAUGAUGGUGAAUGGAGGAGGGGUUUGCAAGAAGCUCAAGGGAAGUAUCGUUGGAGAGAUGGGAGUUAUUACACUGGUGAAUGGAAGAACGGUUUGAUUUGUGGCGAAGGUACUUUUGUUUGGUCGGAUGGUAGUAUAUACGAAGGGUUUUGGGACGAUGGUUUCCCUAGUGGAAACGGUACUUUCAAAUGGGAUGAUGAGAGGUUCUACGUUGGUCAUUGGUCUAAAGACCCUGAAGAAAUGAACGGUACUUAUCAUCCACCAGAGAUCGAAGAGAACCUUGAAUGGGAUCCUAAAGAAGUGUUUAAUAGUUUGAGUGAGUAUACUAUAUGCAGUGGUGAGAGGGUUCCUGUGUUGCCUUCACAGAAGAAGCUCUCUGUUUGGAACUCUUCAAAGCGUGUAGAGAAGCCAAGGAGGAUCUCUGUUGAUGGGAGGGUGAGUGUUGGUUUAGAUAGAGCGUUUGAGAAGAUGAAUAUGUGGGGAAGUGAAAGCGGUGAAGGUGCUGCUGAUAUUGAUUCCAACACAAGAAGAGAUUUAGAUGCUGAAAUAAUGAGACUUGAGGCUGAAGGCUUCAUUCAGAGCUUGAAACCUAGCCCUGUGCCUAUGAGAUUGCCUAGGGCAGGGAAGAAGCAAGGCGAGACAAUAUCGAAAAGUCAUCGAAAUUACGAUCUUAUGCUUAAUCUACAGCUUGGAAUCAGCAGACAUGCUGUUGGGAAACAAGCUCCUGUUGUGUCUCUUGAUCUUAAACAUUCAGCUUUUGAUCCAAAGGAGAAGGUGUGGACAAGGUUUCCACCAGAAGGAACCAAAUACACACCUCCUCACCAAUCUACUGAGUUCAAAUGGAAAGACUAUUGCCCAUUAGUUUUUAGGAGCUUGAGGAAGCUAUUCAAAGUAGACCCAGCUGAUUACAUGUUAUCGCUAUGCGGUAAUGAUGCCCUCAGGGAGCUAUCAUCCCCUGGUAAAAGUGGAAGUUUUUUCUACUUAACAAAUGAUGAUCGUUACAUGAUAAAGACAAUGAAGAAGUCUGAAACUAAAGUGUUUCUGAGGAUGCUUGCAGCAUAUUACAACCAUGUUCGAGCCUUUGAGAACACUUUGGUGAUUAGAUUCUAUGGUCUACACUGUGUGAAACUGACUGGAACAAUCCAAAAGAAGGUGCGAUUUGUUAUUAUGGGAAACCUAUUCUGUUCUGAAUACUCUAUCCACAGACGUUUUGAUCUGAAAGGAUCUUCUCUUGGUCGUACAACCGAUAAACCAGAAUCUCAAAUCAACUCUAACACAAUCUUGAAAGAUCUUGAUCUGAAUUUCAUAUUCAGACUACAGAAAGCUUGGUACCAAGAAUUCACCAGGUUAGAAGAACACAAUCCUUUUCUAGGUGUUUACAAGUUUCCUUAUAUGACCAUUGUUGUUGUUUUUUUCAGGCAAGUUGAUAAAGACUGUGAGUUUCUAGAACAGGAAAGAAUCAUGGACUACAGUCUUCUGGUCGGGAUUCAUUUCAGAGAAGCAUCAGUGGCUGGAGAGCUGAUUCCUUCUGGAGCACGCACGCCUAUUGGUGAGUUUGAAGAUGAAACAGCCCCUCGUCUCUCCAGGGCAGACGUGGACCAGUUUCUAUCUGAUCCCACAAGGUGGGCUAGUAUCAGACUUGGAGGAAACAUGCCGGCUCGAGCAGAGAGGACAAUGAGAAGGAGCGACUUGGAGUUCCAGCUUGUUGGGGAACCAACAGGAGAGUAUUACGAGGUUGUCAUGAUCUUUGGAAUCAUAGACAUUCUUCAAGAUUAUGACAUCAGCAAGAAACUUGAACAUGCUUAUAAGAGUAUCCAGUACGACCCUACUUCAAUCUCAGCCGUUGAUCCAAGGCUGUACUCGAGACGUUUCCGUGAUUUCAUCUUCAAGGUCUUCACUGAAGACGAUUGA